UCCAUGGAAAAGCUAGUGAAACUCAUUUCCAUGUUUCCUUUGCUUUUGCUUCUGUCCCCACCUUUUGCCUUUGCUGGCCAUGACUACGGUCAAGCUCUGAGUAAGAGCAUUCUCUUCUUUGAAGCUCAGAGAUCUGGUUAUCUUCCCCAUAACCAGAGAGUACCGUGGAGAGCUCAAUCUGGUUUGCAAGACGGCAAGGCAAGCGGGGUAGAUCUAGUUGGUGGGUACUACGAUGCAGGGGACAAUGUGAAAUUCGGGUUACCCAUGGCAUUCACCGUUACAAUGAUGUCAUGGAGCAUCAUAGAAUACGGAAAACAAAUGGGUGCUAGCGGUGAGCUUGGUCAUGCCAUGGAAGCUGUGAAGUGGGGUACUGACUACUUCAUCAAAGCCCACCCUCAACCCAAUGUUCUCUACGGAGAGGUAGGAGACGGGAACAGUGACCAUUACUGUUGGCAAAGGCCAGAGGACAUGACCACAGACCGUCACGCUUACAAGAUCGAUCCGAGCAAUCCCGGGUCGGAUCUCGCCGGAGAAACAGCCGCCGCCAUGGCCGCAGCCUCCAUUGUUUUCCGCCACUCUGACCCUUCCUACGCCAACGAACUCCUCCGCCAUGCCUACCAGUUAUUUGAUUUUGCGGAUAAAUACAGAGGUAAAUAUGACAGCAGCAUUACGGUUGCCCAGAAAUACUACAGAUCCAUCAGUGGCUACAAUGACGAAUUGCUCUGGGCUGCUGCUUGGUUGUAUCAAGCAUCCAACAAUCAGUAUUACUUGGAUUACCUUGGGAGAAAUGGUGACUCCAUGGGAGGAACUGGUUGGAGCAUGACUGAAUUUGGUUGGGACGUCAAGUAUGCUGGAGUUCAGACAUUAGUCGCCAAGUUCCUAAUGCAAGGCAAAGCUGGCCAUUAUGCACCAGUCUUUGAGAGAUAUCAGCAGAAGGCUGAGUAUUUCAUGUGUUCAUGCCUUGGAAAGGGUACUCGCAAUGUUCAGAAGACUCCUGGAGGCCUCAUCUUCCGCCAGAGAUGGAAUAACUUGCAGUUUGUCACAAGUGCCUCCUUUUUAGCAACUGUCUACUCUGACUACCUUGCUUCUUCUGGUAAAUAUUUGGGAUGCGCUUCAGGCAAUGUCCCUCCUGCUGAGCUUCUCUCCCUUGCAAAGUCUCAGGUGGACUACAUUCUCGGGGACAACCCAAGAGCCACAAGUUACAUGGUGGGCUAUGGAAGCAACUUCCCUCAAAGAGUUCACCACCGAGGUUCAUCCAUUGUUUCCAUCAAGGUCAACCCUUCAUUUGUCAGUUGCCGUGGAGGUUAUGCUACUUGGUUUAGCAGCAAAAACAGAGACCCCAAUCUACUUACUGGUGCUAUUGUUGGCGGACCUGAUGCAUAUGAUGACUUUGCUGAUGAAAGAGAUAAUUAUGAGCAAACCGAGCCAGCAACCUACAACAAUGCUCCUCUUAUUGGUAUUCUAGCACGACUAAGUGGAGGUCAUGGCGGCUAUAACCAGCUUCUUCCAGUUGUUCUUCCAGCUCCUAAGCCUGUUGUUACCAAGCCCCAGCCAUCCCCCAAUCCAGAGAUAACUCCAUCUGCAGGAGUUUCUCUUUUAACUUCAUGGUCAGGUCCAAUUUCCAUUGAACAGAAGAUGACCACCUCAUGGGUUGCCAAUGGAAGAACUUAUUACAGAUACUCAACAGUGGUGACUAACAAAUCCACCAAGACUCUCAAGUCUCUCAAUCUUUCAAUAUCCAAGCUUUAUGGUCCAAUCUGGGGCCUCACAAAGUCCGGUGAUUUAUACUCAUUUCCACUAUGGCUCAGCUCAUUAUCAGUUGGCAAAAGCCUUGAAUUCGUUUACAUCCAUUCUGCUUCUCAAGCAGAUGUCUCAGUCGCUAACUACUUAUUGGCCUGAGAUUGAUCAAUUUGGUUACAGUGAGAUGGCAACGGUUUACUGCUGUGUUGUGUAAGACUGUGUAGCUAUACAAAAUGUGCAGUGAAGAAAGGUUCUUUUCAUUUUCCUUUUCCAUUUUGGUGUCAAAUCUUCUUCUUCUCUUGUGUAUUUUGCAUUUCAUUAGGUUAGAUCAAAAUAGGUUGAUUAUAUAAGAUGGAAGGACCGGAGCAGAAAGGAGUGAAGAGACAAUAAGGGAGUGCUCAUCCUCUUUCUUCUCCGCUUUACAACUUAUAGUGAGUGAUACAAGACAGACAGCGAAACAGCGACUGCUGAGAAGUUUAAAAAUAUAUGAACUUCUCAAUAUUUCAGAGAAGAGUCAUCACUUGUAUUUUUCAACAGCUUUGAAUGUCUUUUUGUGUUGUGAUGUUGUAAGCUUUGCAGCAUUUUGUACUCUUGCAUUAAAAU